GCGUGGGGCGGGGCCGGGCGGGAGGGGAGCGCCCGAGGUGCGAGCGUGCGGGGUCGCGCCCCGCCGCCGCCGGCCGGCCGGUCAUGCUCAUCACGCUGUGCUACCUGUACCUGUGGGCGCGCUGGGGGCGCCGACCGGCCGCGCUCGUGCGCGCCACGGUGCAGCGGCUGCGCGCCUCGCGCUGCUCCUUCACCUUCUGCGGCGCGGCCGCGCGGCCCCGGGACGCCCGCGUGUGCCUGAGCCGCGGCGGCCGCGUCUUCUGCGUCGGCGAGAGCCAGUCCAUUGAUGACUUGAACAAAUGGGCCCUGUUUCUUGUGUCUCCUUUUAUACUUGAGGCAGAGCACAUAGCAUUUGUGACAGAGAGCAUUUGGGUGCAAGGUGAGAGUUUACAGAGACCGUCGUCCUCUUCAGAAACCAUUGUGAAGUGGUCGGACUGCUGCUUGCCGUUAGCUUACAGACCUGGGGACCCUUACCAGUUAAUCGCUGAAGCGAGCGUGGAUGACUUCAGUAAGCUGGGCGUGGCGUUCCUCGAAGACAGACUCCAGAUGGCUGAUGGAUUGGUACCUCAAAAGAUCGUUUCGGUGCACUUGCAGGACUGUACUCUGAAGGCCCUUGAGGAUCAGGCCUCAGACCAGCAAGCCCAGACCCUACAGCUGAAUCCCAAACCUUCCACUGAGAGUAAGCCUGAGUCAGACGUUAUGGCGUGCGUGGGUAGAGAGGACCCCAAGGUUCUUGGUGCAGAGCCCACUCUGGGGAAAGGGGGUGCCUCUGGCAGCGAGCCUGCUGGGGACCGUGACAGAGAAGUGGGCUCUGUCGAGCACUGUCCCCUCCAUCUGUCUAGCUGCCAUGAGUGUCUCGAACUUGAGAACAGCACCAUCGAAUCUGUCAAGUUUGCAUCUGCAGAGAACAUUCCAGAUCUUCCCUACGAUCACAGUGGCAGUUUGGAGGAUGUUGCUGGUGAUACCCGCCUGGAGAGAGAAGGGAGGAGAGUCAACGUCACAGGAAAGGCCCCCAACAUUCUCUUCUACCUGGGCUCUGGCCCCCAGGAAUCCCUGGGCAGGUUCCAGGAGAUCCGGUCUGUUCUGGUUGACUGUGUGGACGCUGACAGCUAUACGCUCUACCACCUGUCACGGGAAAGUGCUCUCAGAGACCCGUGGUCAGACAACUGUCUGUUGUUGGUCGUUGCCACCCGGGAGGCUAUUCCCGAAGACCUUGCCCAGAAGUUCAUGGCCUACCUUUCCCAGGGAGGGAAGGUGUUAGGCCUGUGUUCGUCCUUCACGUUUGCUGGCUUCCAGGUGGUGAGGAAGAGCGUGCUCGAGGAAACAGUCCAGAACUUGGUUUUCUCCAAGGCUGACCAGACCCAGGUGAAGCUCAGUGUCCUGAGCAGUGGCUUCGUUUAUGAGGAAGGCCCUGGGGAGUGCCACAGCCUGGGCAAGCUCCAGGGUCACCUGGAGAAUGAAGAUAAGGACAGGCUGAUAGUGCAGGUGCCUUUUGGAGAACAUGGAGGAGAAGCUGUCCUUUGCCAGGCGCACUUAGAACUGCCUCCCAGUUCUGCAGCGGUGCAAGCCCCGGAAGACUUUGAUCUGCUCAAAUCAAGCAAUAUCAGAAGAUAUGAAGUCCUUAGGGAGAUCCUGACAGUGCUCGGCCUAAACUGUGACAUAAAACAAGUUCCUGCCUUAACACCUCUUUACUUGCUGCCUGCGGCCGAGGAAAUCCAGGCUCCUCUUCGGCGGUGGCUGAGGAAGCAUGCAGAUCCUGAAGGAGUCAUAAAGUCCAGCAAGCUCUCCCUUAAGUUUCUUUCAUCCUACACGUCUGAAAUGGAAAUCACGCCAUCUGCUCUACCCGUGGUGACUGACGUGCAGGCCUUCUCUUCGGAAAAUUUUAACCUAGACAUCUACCGACAGAAUCUGCAGACUAAGCGACUCGGAAAAGUGAUUCUGUUUGCCGAAGUGGCGCCAACCACGAUGAACCUUCUAGACGGGUUGAUGUUUGAGAUCCCGCAGGAAAUGGGGUUAAUAGCCAUCGCAGUCCGCCAAACGCAGGGCAAAGGGCGGGGAGCGAACGCUUGGCUGAGCCCCUUGGGGUGCGCCCUGUCCACCCUGCUCAUCUCCAUCCCGCUGAGAUCCCAGCUGGGACAGAGGAUCCCAUUCGUCCAGCAUCUGAUGUCCCUGGCCGUGGUGGAGGCGGUGAGGUCCAUCCCUGAGUACCAGGAUAUCAACCUACGAGUGAAAUGGCCCAAUGAUAUUUAUUACAGUGACCUCAUGAAGCUUGGUGGAGUUCUGGUGAACUCGACGCUUUUGGGAGAAACAUUUUAUAUACUCAUUGGCUGCGGAUUUAACGUGAGUAACAGCAACCCCACCAUCUGCAUCAAUGAUCUCAUCACAGAAUACAAUAAGCAACACAGGGCAGAGCUGAAGCCCUUAAGAACGGAUGGUCUCAUCGCCAGAACCGUGACUGUGCUGGAGAAACUGAUCGACACGUUUCAGGACAAAGGGCCCAAUGGCGUCCUUCCCCUUUAUUAUAAGUAUUGGGUACACAGUGGCCAGCGGGUCCGCCUGGGAGGCCUGGAGGGGCCAGAGGUGUGGAUAGUCGGCCUGGAUGACUCUGGGUUCCUUCAGGUAGAGGAGAAGGACGGCAAGGUGGUGACCGUGCAUCCCGACGGCAACUCCUUCGACAUGCUGAGAAACCUCAUCCUCCCCAAACAGCAGUAGCGGGGCGGGGGCCUGCAGGGGGCUGCCCCCGGGCAGUGAGAGGGCCUGCAGAGCCGCCCCAGUGAGCAUUCCAGGUCAUUCCCACCGCCCUUUCCUAGCCUGAGGAUCUGGAAAAUGGUUUUAGGGUUGUGAGCGAAAGUGGCCUCCCUCCAAUUAACCCGCGUAAUUCCUUCAUGUUGAUCUGUCUGCUGCCCUUUCCCUUGGCGUUCGCGGACGUCCUAGGGCCGAGGGAUGGCAGCGGAGACUUAGCUCAGGUGAGGCACGGCCCACGUGUGAAAUCCUUUUCCCCUCUUGGGCUUGGAUGUGUGUUUAUUGACAAAAAAAAAAAAAAAAAGUUUUUAUUUGGAAAACAGCAACGGAAUAAUUCAGCUGUUUCCCCAGUAGCCAAGACCUGCACUCCGGACUAUUAAAAAACAAAUC